GCAAACUGCCGGCUGAAGCAGGCUGAGAAGGAGUACAGUCAGAAGCUGGCUAAAUCCUCGCAGAUCAUAGCUGAACUUAAGACAACCAUUUCCUCUCUGACAGAGGAGAGCAGCCGGCAGCAGCUUGCCACAGAGCAGCGGCUCCAGGAAGUUGUACAAAAGUUUGAAGAUAAGAAGCAGCAGCUGAUUACAGAUAAUGACAGAGCAAUCAAGGCCUUACAAAAUGAAGUGGAAAGUUACCACAGUCUGGCACGGGCUGCAGAGAAGAAGCUGCAACGCAGGGAGCUGGAGACCCAUGAGCAGAUGACCCAUAUACGACAAGAAUAUGAAGCCACACUCAAAGGCCUGAUGCCAGCAACUUUGAGACAGGAACUUGAAGACACCAUUGUAUCUUUGAAAUCUCAGGUAAAUAUUCUGCAGAAAAGAGUCUCUGUCCUCCAGGAAGAGCUGAACGUCUACCAGGCCAGAAG